AUUUUAUCCAUCCAACCCAACAUAGCCAUCGCCAUCAACAUUAUAUUAACCAUUAUCAUCUUCAUCUGAUUUCCACAGGACACCACAUAAGUUGGUGCGACUCUCAAACACACAGCUCCGACUCCCAGACCCAAAGAGAGUGAGUGAGUGAGAGAUAUUUAGGUAUGGCGGUGGCCAAUUCAUGGGGAGUGGGUCAAACUAUGUCUGUUUCCCCAUUCAGACCCUUCUCUUGUUCCUCAGAUUUCUCCUCCAACAAGUCUAUCAAUAAUCGACUCAGUUUCGUUCUGGGUUGGGGUUGUUCUUUUCAAGCCAAGCCCCAAGUCUCCUCCCCAUCAUCAUCAUCCUCUUCUUCUUCUUCCUCUAAAAAUCGCAGGACCUCCAGUCUUCACUGCCGCUGCACUAACAGCUCUACCGACUGUAAUGGGUCUUCUUUAGAAUGGGAUUGGAAUAGGUGGAGUCGCCAUUUUUCUGAGACUGAACAAGCUGAGAGCUUUGCCUCUGUCCUCAAGUUUCAACUUGAAGAGGCAAUUGAGAAAGAAGACUUUCAAGAAGCUGUAAAGUUGAAAAUGGCCAUUGAAGAAGCUACGUCUAAGGACAGUGUUGCUGAAAUCAUGAAUCAGUUGCAGAUUGCAAUAGAUGAAGAACGAUAUCACGAUGCUUCAAAAUUGUGUAAACACACAGGAAGUGGACUGGUAGGUUGGUGGGUUGGUUACCCAAAAGAUUCUGACGAUCCCUUUGGCAGGUUAAUACACAUUGUCCCUGGAGUGGGAAGAUUUGUUGGUAGAAGUUACAGUCCAAGACAGUUGGUCACUGCAUCUUCCGGAACUCCACUUUUUGAAAUUUAUGUUGUUAAAAAUCAUGAUGACACUUAUGUUAUGCAGGUUGUGUACUUGCAACGAGCCAAAGGCAAUUCGAAAAGCCCUGCAAUCUCAUUAAAUAAACCUGUAAAAAGCCAAUCUACAUCCGAAGUUGAGAAUGAGCCUGUGGUAGAUGUUCAGGAAAUUGAAGACAAGGCAGGAAAGAGCGAGGAGAAAGGCCUUAAUAUUGAGGAAGCAACUGAGGAGGGUAUAAAAAGUGUGAUCAAUUUUCUUAAAGAUAAAAUUCCUGGGCUGAAGGUUAAAGUCAUGAAUGUCAAUGUUAAUGAGGAAGUGAUCGAGGAUGGUGAUUCGAUGAAGCAGUUGAUGCAAGAAAAUAAUGAGAAAGCAGAUUGCAGUGAUACUUCUGAAGAUGAAGAAAGUAGUAGCUUGGAUGAGAUUCAACCUGAUGAGGUCACUCUGGGAGGUAGUGAUACAACAGAAGAGGAAAAGGAAAUGGACAUGAAGCUUUUCAUCGGUGGAAUUGUACAUAACAUUGAAGAUACUUCCUCUAAGGAUGAUUACAUGCGUCACCCAGCUGAAAUAAAAGAUAUGGAGAGGGAUUCUUUUCUGUUGCAUAUUCCUGGCAGAAAUCUAGAUUCUGAUACCAAAGAGGAUAAAUUGUCAAAAGUCAAAGUGGCAGCUCUAGCAGCUCAAGGUGUCUCUGAGCUUAUGCCUCCUGAGGUUGCCAAGGCAUUUUUGAAGUCUGACAAGAUUUCUUCAAAGGUUUCAAGAAAUGUUCGUGAAAUAGUUAAACUUGCUGUCAGUCAAGCACAGAAAAGGAGUACGCUAUCUGAAUACACCAAGUUCAGUCGAAUUACCACUUGUGAAGGAGAUCUAGAUCCAUUCGAUGGCCUAUAUGUUGGUUCAUUUGGCCCGUAUGGCACUGAGGUAGUACAGCUGAGGCGUAAAUUUGGCCACUGGAAAGGUUCAGAUGCUAAAGACAAUAAUUCUUCAGAUGUGGAGUUCUUUGAAUAUGUUGAGGCAGUGAAACUAACUGGAGAUUUGAAUGUUCCUGCUGGCCAGGUGACAUUCCGUGCUAAAAUUGGGAGAGGGAACCGUGUUUCGAACCGAGGGAUGUAUCCAGAGGAAUUAGGAGUGGUUGCAAGCUAUAAAGGUCAAGGAAGAAUAGCUGAAUUUGGGUUCCGGAAUCCACAAUGGGUUGAUGGAGAACUUCUACAGCUCAACGGCAAGGUAACUAAACUUUACAAGCCGUUUUCAAACAAAAGACAUGGGAGGAAACAAAAUUGUCUUGUUCUUCUAUUGAAGCUUUCCAUAAUAAUCUCUGGAUUUUUUUUUGAACUUGAUUGAUUUAGGGUAUGGGACCAUUUGUCAAAGGUGCUGAUUUAGGAUUCCUAUAUGUUGUUCCUGAGCAAAGUUUUCUUGUGCUGUUCAACCGUUUGAAACUACCACACUGACAACAGAUAUCAAGCUCAUUCCCCAACUUCAUAGUACAACAGAUAUAAAUAUUUAUAUAAAGCCAGACACACCAGAAAAUUCUUAUCUGAGUGUUUACUCAAAAAAAGCAGUUUUCCCUAUUUACUACUUACUAUUUAUAGGUGCAUGUACGUAUUUAUUUAUUUAUUUAUUUAUUUGGAGUGUUCUUCGAUAGUCAUCAGAUACAUUCUCUUUUUCCUUCACUGGCUAAUUUGAGUGAUGUAUAUCAUUUUUGCUGACUUAAAAUGUAUAAUCCAGUAAUAAACUGCACGACUAGUUCUUUUUUUGUCACAAA